CCGCAGGAGUUGCCCGGCCCGCCCGGCCCGGCCCGGCUCCGCCUCGCACCCCGCCACUCCGAUGUCCCGGCGCCGGCGCUGAGCGAGCCGACGCGCCAGCCUCGUCCGCCGCGAGCACUCGCGCCUCCGCCGCCCGGCCAUGGCCACCCCGGCGACGUGCACCCGCUUCACCGACGAGUACCAGCUGUACGAGGAGCUCGGCAAGGGAGCUUUUUCAGUGGUCCGCAGGUGUGUGAAGAAGUCUUCAUCGCAAGAGUAUGCUGCAAAGAUCAUCAAUACCAAGAAGCUGUCAGCCAGAGACCACCAGAAACUGGAACGUGAAGCUCGGAUAUGCCGGCUGUUGAAGCACCCGAACAUCGUGCGACUCCACGAGAGCAUCUCGGAAGAGGGUUUCCACUAUCUCAUCUUUGACCUGGUCACCGGUGGAGAGCUCUUCGAAGACAUCGUGGCCAGGGAGUACUACAGCGAGGCUGACGCCAGCCACUGCAUUCACCAGAUCCUGGAGAGCGUCAGCCAUAUUCACCAGCAGGACAUCGUUCACCGAGAUUUAAAGCCGGAGAACCUGCUGCUCGCAAGCAAGUGCAAGGGCGCGGCUGUCAAGCUGGCUGACUUCGGACUCGCCAUCGAAGUGCAGGGAGAGCAGCAGGCCUGGUUCGGGUUUGCUGGUACGCCUGGCUAUCUGUCCCCCGAGGUCUUGAGGAAGGAUCCUUACGGAAAGCCAGUGGAUAUUUGGGCGUGUGGGGUCGUCCUGUACAUCUUGCUGGUUGGGUACCCCCCGUUUUGGGAUGAAGACCAGCACAAGCUCUACCAGCAGAUCAAGGCAGGAGCCUACGAUUUUCCUUCUCCAGAGUGGGACACAGUGACUCCGGAGGCGAAGAACCUAAUCAACCAGAUGCUGACGAUCAACCCAGCCAAGCGCAUCACGGCUGACCAGGCCCUGAAGCACCCCUGGGUCUGCCAACGCUCCACCGUGGCCUCCAUGAUGCAUAGGCAGGAGACCGUGGAGUGCCUGCGGAAGUUCAACGCCAGGAGAAAACUGAAGGGUGCCAUCCUCACGACGAUGCUGGUAUCUCGGAAUUUUUCAGCUGCCAAAAGCUUACUGAACAAGAAGUCAGAUGGAGUAAAGAAAAGGAAGUCAAGCUCCAGCGUGCAUUUGAUGCCGCAGACCAACAGCAAGGCCAGUGUAGUAAGCCCAGCCAAAGACACGCCCCCAGUGCAGAUGUCCAUGGAACCACAAACAACCGUCGUCCACAAUGCUAACGAUGGCAUAAAGGGCUCCACGGAGAGCUGCAACACCACCACAGAAGACGAGGACCUGAAGGUGCCCCCUCUCUCCAGCGGGGAUGGCAGUUCAGUGCUUGAAGGACGGCGUCCCUGUGAGAGCAGAACCCAAGCCGAGUCCGUGGGGUCCCAGCUUUCGCUCUGUUACUCAGCCACAACUACUACUACCCAGUCUUGCGAAGAGAAACUUCUUGCCUGGGACAGCCCAGGGCAAACAGUGGAGUUGGAUCGUGCUCAGUCGGAGCCUGUCCUAACUCCAGUAGUUCCAUUUGCACUUAACAGUCCGCCAUUGCGCAAGCAAGAGAUCAUCAAGAUCACAGAGCAGCUGAUCGAAGCGAUCAACAACGGGGACUUUGAGGCUUACACGAAGAUCUGCGACCCGGGACUGACCUCAUUUGAACCCGAAGCACUGGGAAACCUCGUGGAGGGAAUGGACUUCCACAAGUUUUACUUUGAGAAUUUGCUGUCCAAGAACAGCAAGCCGAUCCACACGACCAUCCUGAACCCGCACGUCCACGUGAUUGGCGACGACGCGGCCUGCAUCGCCUACAUCCGCCUGACGCAGUACAUUGACGGCCACGGCCGGCCCCGCACCAUGCAGUCCGAGGAGACCCGCGUCUGGCACCGCCGCGACGGCAAGUGGCUGAACGUGCACUACCACUGCUCGGGGGCCCCAGCAGCGCCGCUCCAGUGAAGCCACACACGCAGUUUUCGGAGAUCCACAGCGGGAGGGCAGUAUCUUCUCAGCAAGCAGCUCUGGAGUACCUGAAUGACAGCGACGGUCCGACGGUCAUGUUCGUUUUGACGUUUUUAAAAAAUAUGAAUUACAAACCGGCAGCAGCCAAAUGCACGAAACCCUGCAUGCACCUGAUGCUCGGGGCGCUGCCACCUUUCUGUUGUUUUUCCAUGGAUCCAUCGUGUCUGUUUCUGCUGUACGAAGGUGUCUUACAACCUCAAGAGAAACCCAUAUUGUUUGUAUAGAAGAGAGAGAAUCCAUGGCGGAGUGUCCAGCGCCUCCUCUCCAGGGCGGAGAAUGGGCAGUGGUUUGGCGCAUCUUUCAGAACCGGAGCAGAGGGAGAGGGAGAGCAGGAGCAGUGCGUGUGGCUGAGCACAAAGACCGGCACUCGGCAAGAGCACGAGCCCCCCAUGUCCAGGCUCUGCCCCACCUUCGGCCAGUGAGACGUGGGCGUGGGGCUCCCCUGCACUGGUGUGGAGAAAGGGGGCAAGAUGGAAGGAGGAUCUUUGCGCCCCUCUUCCUUCCGGCAGACUGACUCGGGCACGAGCGCCGGUGGUGGAGAUGUGCCAGUCGGCCCUGCUGACAGCCUGCACAGAAACGCGUGAGAACGUUGGAAGAGACGAGGACAAGUGGACUCGCUGUGUGGCGUGGGGACUCGCUGUGCGGAUGCACCCGCUCUGACACAGGUGUGCAGCCAGCUGACAAGGGUCAGGUUUAAGGACAAAUGAAGUCAGGCAGGAGGGAGUACAUGAACGGCGUCUGUCUGUCUGUCUGUCUGUCUGUCUGUCUGUCUGUCUGUUUUUUCUUUCCUGUUUAGAGUAGGUGGGAUCCAGAGUGCUGCAGAAUAUGUGCUCCUUAAGAAACCAUUGAAAGCUUUGUGUCACAUCCUGCCCUGAAGAGGUGCACACGCGAGCAUUUGCUUCCUGUGUGGCGUGUAACUUAGUUUGCGUUUUAUACUGAGAGAGAGAAAUAUAUGCGCACCCCCGUAACUGGGGCUCGCUGGUCUCCCAGUGGGAUUCGUUUUCCGACAAAACCGGCAGGCAGGAGCCAGCAGCUUCAGGGCACGUGCUUUCCCCGCUAGCGUGGCUUGACUUCUUCGGGCAGUUCCAUUCAGCGAUGCUUUGGCAUCCCUUCCCAGCCUGCGCUGGCCGCGCCCCCAAGAACCUUUGAAUCGGCGCACGCCCCGCGAUGGGGGUCUGCCCUGCAUCAGCCCUCUUUGCCCCCUUGCUGCCAGGGAGGGCAGCCCACGCGCCCCAUUCCCUGCAUUUGAACCCUCGACCGGCUCGCACUCUGGUCUCUGCUUAGUCCUCUUCCCGAACCAAGUGGGACAGAAGCCUUCCCAUGAAUUUCCUAGUUCAGAGCUGCACCGUUGCCGUUUCUGCAGCCCGCCCGGGAGGGGCUGCUUGCAUGUCCGGGCCCUGCCUUUGCGAACCGGGGCCACGCGGUCCCUCCUUUGCUGCCUAAAGAGCACAAAGCAGAAGAGCCGGGAGGUGACUUUUGACCGAGUAUAAGCGAAGCCCGUGACUCGAGCCCAAGGGACGGAAGGGAAGCAGCGCAUUUCUGUUUCGCAGGGGACACCUCGGCGUAGGCUCCUGCGAACGCGAGGCCGCCUGUCCCGCAGCACUGCCCAUCGCUUCUCUCCAUGCAGGGAACGGGGCUCGCCCUUUGCAAAGGCUGCCUGUGCACCCCCUUCUCCGUCCUCUUCCGCCUCGGCGAGAGCGACCUGGAGAGCACGGCAGCAGGAAGGUUGCCUCAGAUGGAGGGACAGGCGCUGCACGUCUGCUAUAGAACAUACUUAGCACCAAGCGACUGAGUGAGCACGGUAACAAAGAAAAGCCUUGCCAAUUUUAUUCAGGUUUUUAAUAAUAAAGUCACAAAGUAGGGAACAGGAAAUUAAUUAUGCAGCUUUUUAAAAUGAGACAACCUCUGCAUGCUUUUAGGCCUGAUCUUUCCUUGUCUCUUUAUCUGAAGAUUAAUAAUAAAUCCUCUGUAUUAAGUAUCUGCAUCUUUCAAAAAGUUUUUUUUCCUUGGAACAGUUUGAGUUGGAGUUUUUGUUUUUUGCACAGUCUUUAAAACCUGUUCUAAUUUAACAAGAACCUUAGCUUGGUAUGGCCAUUAUCAAACACAGCUUUCGAUCUUUCGUGUUCUUCGUGUUCUCUUAUGGGGUUAAUGCAAGCAUCUAUAGAAUAUUGUAUCACAUUUUCAACAGGAAACAGAAGACAUUCGAUGCAAAACUCUGCAUGACAAGAGAAAUAAUUGAAAUCAUGUUAGGUAGGCUUUUUCCUGGAUGUCAGUAGGACCUUCAGAGCUUUGUUACAAUGAAACCUUGAACUGAAAAUAUUUAAUAAAAUAACAUUUAAAUGGUGCAAA